CUCAUGACCGUGCUGUUGGUGUAAUGACCCUUCUGCUCAUGUAACACAAAGACUCAAUACUUCAUCACCUAACACGGCGACUUGAACAGAAAGUCGGGAUCUGACUCAUUUUAACAAUGCGAGUGUAGGAGCAGGAUUGUUCACGAUAGACCCAUGAGUCGCACGUAGGUGCGGAAGUAACAAGGACUAGCUUCUAAGCUACUAAGCUAGUACAAGCAGCGCCCUGACUUUUGUCCCUAAAGUCAUCAAAGGACGUGUUUCAACGCAAUGUGAUGGCACUCACACGUUGCCGGAAUCCAGUUGUUGUCUGCUCAAGUGCAGAUUGAUGACAUGAAAUGGCUAAAAGCAGCAUGGACUGAAGGCCGAAGGCGCAGUGUGAGCAGCAGCUGUAGCGUAGAUGAAGCAUGAAGAAUCCGGUCCGCAGAUGCAGGGAUGUGGAGCACGGUCGUGGUCAAGUUUGGGCCGGGUCCAGUUUCAUGCAAGCAGAGCAACGCAUCCCCGUCUCCAAAGACGCCAUCACCGCCUCGUCCGCCUCUGCCAUGUGGUUCAUCAGGGACGCCUGCGGCAUCGUUUGUGCCCUCAUCACGUGGCUGCUGGUCUUCUACGCAGAGUUUGUGGUGCUCUUUGUUAUGCUGCUUCCCUCCAACAACCUGACCUACAGCGUCAUCAACGGCUCUCUGUUCAACGCCCUGGCCUUCCUGGCCCUCGCCUCGCACGCCAGGGCCAUGUGCACCGACCCUGGAGCAGUACCCAAAGGCAAUGCAACAAUGGAAUACAUAGAAAGCCUUCAGUUGAAACCCGGACAAGUGGUCUACAAAUGUCCCAAGUGCUGCAGCAUCAAGCCUGACCGAGCACACCACUGCAGUGUUUGCAAACGCUGCAUACGCAAGAUGGACCACCACUGCCCCUGGGUCAACAACUGUGUUGGCGAGAGCAAUCAAAAGUACUUUGUGCUCUUCACUAUGUACAUUGCACUCAUCUCCCUCCAUGUUCUCGUCAUGGUGGUCUUUCAUUUUCUCUACUGCUUUGAAGAUGACUGGACAAAGUGCAGUUCCUUCUCUCCACCAGCAACUGUCAUCCUCCUCAUCCUCCUAUGUUUUGAGGGCCUCCUCUUCCUUAUCUUCACCUCUGUGAUGUUCGGCACCCAAGUCCACUCCAUCUGUACCGAUGAAACUGGAAUCGAACGCCUGAAGGGAGAGACGGGGAAGUGGGAGAAGGUUCCCUGCUGGGAGGCCAUGCGGGUGGCCUUUGGUGGGCCCUUCUCCCUGUCCUGGUGCAGCCCCUUCUCCCAGCUCAGCUGCAAGAAGAACCCCCCUGAGCUGCUCGCCCUUCCUCAGGGGGACAUCAUUGAGGAGGACGUCAUCGAGAUCCCACUCAGCUAGGAAAACAUCAUGGAGAUCCCACUCAGUUAAGAGGACGUCAUGGAGAUCCCACUCAGUUAAGAGGACGUCAUGGAGAUCCCACUCAGCUAGGAGGAGGUCAUGGAGAUCCCACUGAGCUGAGGUGUGUGAAGGUGGGGUGUGGUGCUUCAGGUCACAGGAUUGUCUGCGGUUCUAACACGACUUCUUCCGUCACAGUCGCAGCUAUUGACCAAACAAAAUACUUUUGCUCCCACUAGCAAACUACUACUUCCAUAUUUCUCAAACUCUUUUCCAAAGUCGUGAUCUUGAGAAUUCUUCCGCCUUCCAAGUUUUCCAAGCCUUUCAAAACAUUCUAGCAUGAAAUCAUUCAACACGUUCAUGCAAACUUUUAUCCACGUUCACACUUUCUGGAAUUCAACAUUUUAUUGCCCAAAGAUUGUCACUGAUCUGAAAUAUUUCCUAAAGAUGUCAUCAACUCAGGGGAGGUUCAAUGUCCCACAGUCGAGCCCAAGACCAUCAACUGUUCUAAGACCCCCCCCCCAACAUUUCCACUCUCAAAACAUUCCCCAUAACAAUUCUCCAUAUUCCAAAUAUUCUUACUUUCCCCAUAACUCCACAUUUUCCAUACAUCAUGUACUCCAGUUAUGUUUCUUUCACUCAGAUGUUUGAUGCAUCGAGGUUCCAUGUUGACGUUUGCACCAGUCACUCUUUCAUCUACCAUUUCUACACUUUUUGUUUUGGUUAUGAAAAUGUGUGGAUUGUUGCUGUGAAGGAGAGAUUGCAGUCUGCUGGGCUGGCUUUUGUGUCGCUGUUCCAAUUAUCCUCCCGGCUUAAAAAGCUCUAAACUUAGGGCAAUUGGGGCAGCUGUCAGUGUGCUCCACAUAGAGGGACGGAGUGUAGGGACACAGAGUACAGGAACACAGUGUAUAGGGACAGAGUACAGGGACAGAGUGUAGGGACGGAGUGUAAGGAUGGAAUACAGGGACGGAGUACGAGUAUAGGGACAGAGUGUAGGGACUGAGUAUAAAGACGGAGUGCAGGGACGGAGUACAAGGACAGAGUACAAGGACAGAGUACAGGGACAGAGUACAGGGACGGAGUGUAAGGAUGGAAUACAGGGACGGAGUACAAGGACGGAGUAUAGUGACGGAGUGUAGGGACAGAGUGUAGGGACGGAGUGUAAGGACAGAAUACAAGGACAGAGUGUAGGGACGGAGUGUAAGGAUGGAAUACAUGGAUUGAGUAUAGGGACUGAGUGUAGGGACACAGAGUACAGGGACAGAGUGUAGGGACGGAGUGUAAGGAUGGAAUACAGGGACGGAGUACGAGUAAAGGGACUGAGUGUAAAGACAGAGUGUAGGGACGGAGUACAUGGACAGAGUACAGGGACAGAGUGUAAGGAUGGAAUAAAGGGACGGAGUAUAGUGACAGAGUGUAGGGACGGAGUAUAAAGACUGAGUGUAGGGACGGAGUAUAAAGACUGAGUGUAGGGAUGGAGUGUAGGGACGCAGUGUACGGACGGAGUGUAGGAACGGAAUACAAGGACAGAGUGUAGGGACGGAAUACAGGGACGGAGUAUAGGGACUGAGUUUGGGACGGAGUAUAAAGACGGAGUGUAGGGACAGAGUGUAGGGACGGACUCUAAAGACGGAGUGUAGGGACAGACUCUAAAGACGGAGUGAGGGACAGACUAAAGACGGAGUGUAGGGACGGAGUUUAAAGACGGAGUGUAGAGACGGACUCUAAAGGACAGAGUACAGGGACACAGUAUAAAGACAGAGUGUAGGGACAACCUUUCACUUAUGUUGACAACCGUUUAUGUCGACAUGAGUCAGUCGAUUCGAACAGCGUCAACUUAAACAAGUUCUACUGUACUUCAUGUUGGGGGUUUUUUACAUGUUUAUUACACUUUUACACAAAGUAUAUUCCUAACCUUGUAGUAACAACUUCAAAGUAUUUCCGGUGGUUACUCGAGAAAGUACUUGGGAGAAUCUUCAGUUUGCUGGUUUGAGUUCAUUACUGUCUUUCUAAAAACAAAUUAUUUCUAAAAACACAGAAGUAUUUCUAAAAACACAAAGAAGUAGUUCUAAAAACACAAAUAUGUAUAUAUAAAAGCACAAAGAUGUUUUUUCUAAAAACACAAAGAUGUAUUUCCAAAAACACAGAUAUAUUUCUAAAAACACAAAAAUGUAUUUCAAAAAACACAGAUAUAUUUCUAAAAACACAGAUAUAUUUCUAAAAACACAGAUAUAUUUGUAAAAACACAGAUAUAUUUCUAAAAACAGAGAUAUAUUUCUAAAAACACAGAGGUAUUUGUAAAAACACAGAGGUAGUUCUAAAAACACAAAUAUGUAUUUAUAAAAGCACAAAGAGGAUUUCUAAAAACACAAAGAAGUAUUUGUAAAAACACAAAGAAGUAUUUCUAAAAAGACCAAAUGUGUGCCGGCAGACUGAGGUAACUCCGGGGGAAUCACUAGAAGCAGAUUUUUGUCACACAGUGCCUUAUGUUCAUGAAAGUGUAAUAAUACACGCUAUGUCUCAAUGUCUGUGUAAUAACCAUCCUCAUGUUGUGUCAUAUAUUCACUAAUCAACGGGUGAGAGAAAUUACAGGAUGAUUCUUGUUUGCUGAUGGAAUUUGACACGAGUGAAUAUUUAUGAUGCCACACUUAAAACAGCACAAUGUUCAUUUCUCAUCUUCCAAUCCUAACCAGGUUCUAAGUAGCGCUUCAAAAUGCUCAGACACAUUUUUUUUCAAGCAAAUACUUUAUUAAAAACUAAAUUUUACACUCAAGCAUGCUUUUUUGUCAGAUGAUCAAAGUUAAAAUGCAAAAGUUGUAUUCCAUGUCAUUUUGUGUCAGUAGUUACACAACUCCUGAUGCACUGUCGAAAAAAGGUGUAGAUUUUACAAUUUAAAAAAA